AUGUCCCACGAAGGAGAAGAAGAACUUUUAGAAUACUCUGAACCAGAAGACAACAUUGUCCAAGAAACCACCGCUGGUGAAACUAAGGAUGGUGAUGACAAGAAAGGUUCUUAUGUUGGUAUUCAUUCAACUGGUUUCAAAGAUUUUUUAUUGAAACCUGAAUUAUCAAGAGCCAUCGUUGAUUGUGGUUUUGAACACCCUUCAGAAGUCCAACAAGUUUGUAUUCCUCAAUCCAUCCACGGUACUGAUGUUUUGUGUCAAGCCAAAUCUGGUUUAGGUAAAACUGCUGUUUUCGUUUUAUCAACUUUACAACAAUUAGAUCCUGUUCCAGGUGAAGUUUCCACUCUUGUUAUUUGUCACACCAGAGAAUUGGCUUACCAAAUCCGUAAUGAAUACUUGAGAUUCUCCAAAUAUAUGCCAGAUGUUAAAACUGCUGUCUUCUACGGUGGUACUGAUAUUAAAAAAGAUGCUGAACUUUUGAAAAACAAAGAUACUGCUCCUCAUAUUGUUGUUGGUACUCCAGGUCGUUUGAAUGCUUUAUUAAGAGAAAAGUACUUGCGUUUGAACAACCUUAAAAACUUUGUUAUUGAUGAAUGUGAUAAAGUUUUAGAAGCCGUUGACAUGAGAAGAGAUGUUCAAGAAAUUUUCAGAGCAACUCCACAUGAAAAACAAGUUAUGUUCUUCUCUGCUACUCUAUCACAAGAAAUUAGACCAAUUUGUAAGAAAUUUUUACAAAAUCCAUUAGAAAUUUAUGUUGAUGAUGAAGCUAAAUUAACUUUACAUGGUUUACAACAAUAUUAUAUCAAAUUAGCUGAACGUGAAAAGAAUCGUCGUUUAGCUGAUUUAUUAGAUUCUUUAGAAUUCAAUCAAGUUAUUAUUUUUGUUAAAUCUACUGCAAGAGCUGAUGAAUUAAACAAAAUUUUAACUGCUUCAAAUUUCCCAUCUAUUGCUGUUCAUUCCGGUAUUCCACAAGAAGAAAGAAUUGCUAGAUAUAAAUCAUUCAAAGAUUUCAACAAAAGAAUCUGUGUUUCUACUGAUGUUUUCGGUAGAGGUAUUGAUAUUGAAAGAAUUAACUUGGCUAUCAAUUAUGAUUUACCAAAUGAAGCUGAUCAAUACUUACACAGAGUUGGUAGAGCUGGUAGAUUCGGUACCAAAGGUUUAGCUGUCAGUUUUGUUUCAACUGAAGAAGAUGAAACUGUUUUGGGUAAAAUUCAAGAAAGAUUCGAUGUUAAAAUUGCAGAAUUCCCAGAAGGUGGUGUUGAUCCAUCAACUUAUAUGAACACUUAA